CAAAGUUCAAGCUCGUAGGGCUUUCUCUGCCUAUCUACAGCACGUUCAGUUGCGACUGAUGAAAGAGGCUGGUGACCAGAUUCAGAAUCCUGCCUGGGCUGCCAAAGAGGAUGAGCAAAUGGAGCUUGUGGUGCGCUUCCUGAAGCGAGCUGCCAGCAAUCUUCAGCAGUCCUUGAGGAUGCUGCUUCCCAGCCGUUGUUUAGGACUGAGUGAUCGUCGUCGUAUCCUGGCUCACCAGCUGGGCGAAUUCAUAAUCUCUUACAACAAGGAAACAGAGCGGAUGGUUCAGAAGCGAUCAAAAAAGAAACAGGAAGAGGAGGAGGGAGUGAAUCCUGAAGGUUUUCAGAACUUUAUUACCAGAGCAAGUGAAAGUGACUUGGAAGAAGUGCUGACAUUUUACACGCACAAAAACAAAUCAGCAAGUGUCUUCUUAGGAACAAACUCCACAAGCACAAAACCCAGCAGCACCAGUAACCAGUCAGAGAAACAGUCUCAAGGGGAGCGUCCUGAGGUGGCGAAAAAGAUAAAAGGUGAUCAGCCCAAAAAUUCAGUUGCAGAUCUGCCUGCUGAAGGGGCAUUAAAAGGCUAUAAACCCAAAGAAGUUAAAUCAACCUUGUCCAGCGAGGCUUCUAGCCUUGUGGGGCUACGUCGGUGUCGUUCUGGUAGCUACACUAUCGGCCCACUCUCAUCUCUUCAGAGAGCUGCUCAGAUCUACAGUCAAAGAUUGUCCCGACCAUCCUCUGCAAAAGUAGGUUUGUGCCAUCGCAAUCCAAGCAGGCAGCAUGUGGGCUCAGACAAGAUGCACAAAGAUGAGGAAGAUCAUUCUUCUUGGAGCAAGUGUUAUAGCCCCAGUGUGGCAGCACCAGGCCUGCAGCAGCUGGCAGGAAAGCAAGCAGCCUGCCAGUAUUCCCUACCAAGCCACAUCAGUCUCCUGACACAGCAG